AUGAGAGCGGUUUUUUAUGGGGGGUAUCAUCAACGUGACAUUCCUAAUGUUGUCUGGGCAGACGGACACGACACAGCAUCUGCCACUCGUCUCCCUCCUCGUUUUGGUACUGCCUCUGACGAACUUUGGGACUUGGAAAGCAAUGCAGUGAUAGCCAAGAUCAAUAUGAACCGCAAAAAGUUUUGCUCUAAUCUCAAUUGUGUCAUGCAUUGUUGUGGUAUCCACAUCUCUUUCGACUAUCAGCGAUUCACACCACCUUUUGACCGCCAUAGGGAGAUGUUGAAUGUUGCGAAGCUCAGGAGCCGUGACCUUCUGGAUUACAAGAUGGAGCACAAUCCCGAACCAUGCAGCACUCGGUGUUUUGUGCAACUCAUUCCCCGAGAAGAAGAAGAGAUGUUCAUGGAUACUGACGAUAGCACUGACGAUUCAGAAGACCGAGAGUUUGUUUCAGCCCUUCUUCGUUUGGAUCCGGACAUGUCUCCAUGCGAUAUUGCAACGAUUGCGGAGGUAGAUUGCUCUAAGGCAUUCAUUAUUCGUCAAGAGCUUAUUAGUGACCACAGCAUCCACAUUCCAAGGCCUUCCAAGCGCUCAAAAAAGGCCAAACGAUGGCUGACACCAAAAUCAUUAAAAGUCUUGGGCACUAAUGACGAGGACGAACGUCAAGCAUAUACGAAACCGUGCACUCAUUCCGGCGAAUGCCACAAGUCCAAGGCCAGAUUUGGAACGUCACAGUGUAGCUGCGUGAUGGCUGGGGCUCAUUGUGAGCGAAACUGCGAAUGCCCACCCACUUGUAAACAACGAUGGACGGGUUGUAACGUUACAUGUGCAAAAAGAAAGCACUGUGGAAGCCACAGGAACUUGGGAAAGGAAUGUGUGUGCCGAACAGCUGGAAGGGAAUGUGAUCCCGAACUUUGCACCGGUUGUGACGCGCGUAACUUUGAAGCCAAAGGACGAGGAGCUAGGCAUUGCGAGAAUAUGGAUAUCCAGAGAGGAAACUUCAAGUCGAUUGUGGUGCGGCCCGGCGCGUACGGUUUUGGAGCAUUUGCUGGCGAGAAUAUCAGCAAAGGAGACUUGAUUGGAGAUUAUCCAGGCGAAUUAGUGUUCGCCUCGGUAUCGGACUCAGAGGACCAGACACCGCCAACGCCAGAUGUGAAAAACGAUGACCAGUUACCUCCACACCACAGACAUACCAUUUCGAAGCAUUUCAAGGCUAAUUAUGUCUUCGGCAUGGGACCCAUUUUGGAUGUGGACGCUAUGUCGAUUGGCAAUGGCACACGGUUCUUGAAUGACCCCAAACCGCAAACAGGCAACUGCAGUCCGGGAGAAAUAGUCGUGAACGGACAACGGUAUAUUACUAUCCAUGCGGAUAGAGCGAUUCCGAAAGGCAGAGAAUUGACGUUGUCAUAUGGAGAGGCUUUUUGGGCGGAGUGA